CAUUGUGGUUGUUCUAACCUCAUUGCUGGUUUAUUUGCAACAGUUUAUUAUAAACGAUCACAAGAUUUUACGUACUCACUGGAUAUUUUACAACAUGCGCGCUCUGUAUCAAUGGUGAGUUAAAGAAUAGCUCGGCUGCCACAAUUAGAUAAUAAGCUGAGAAUAUGAACUGAAGGAGAGCUCGAUAAACGUAUAUCCCAAGACAUCAUUCAAUUGCCUGAACUUUUGCCAAAGAGAACGACACCUAAUUGGCAUGAGGAAAAUUGAAAAAUCAGCAGCAUUUGACGCUUUGUAGAAUAUAUGGUUAAAAAAAAAAUAAAAUAACGGGAGUGUGAAGAAAUCAAAGAGAUAACGCCCAGGCAAAGAUCAUUUGGUUCAAAGGGCUUUUAAUGGAGAUUUUAAUAUGAAAAAUAAAAUAUCUUACUGCUGGCAAUGACUACGUCUUGAACGUCCAGCUGAAUCUGAAUUCUCCAUUUUUAACUUCAACGAUUUUCCCCCAAAUUUUAGCAUGGUGGCAAAAUUAAUCCAUUCCACGUAUCAACUUGCCUUCUUUACGCUCCUCUGCGUAGUGCUAACAGGUGCCGAUGAAUUGUUCAUUGUGAGGCGGACGCUCACUAACAAAACUACAGAGCUGCAGUGCUUCUACAAUGGACCACAGGAAUACUCUCUGGCACUAUCGUGGAUCCUUCCACAGGGGGUGCCAAUGAUCUAUGAAUCUCACCAAAGAUGGAAACACAAGACUAACGACGGUUUUGUAAGAGGUCACUUUGAAUAUUAUGGACAUGUUUGGGAGGCGAAACAUGCUCUUGAUGUUCAGAACAGCAUAUUGCCGCCGGUUUUGGAUGAAAGAUGGAAUGAUAUGCAACGAGUGGACACAACGCCGUUGGGACAAUUUAAACUUUUAAGCAAAUUCACCACUGACCGAUUCCACCUUUCUGUUUUGGCAAAAAGUGACGCUCAAAUAGCCCUUCACACGGGCGACUCGGCGCACACGAGCAUGUCCUAUCUGUUGACGCUGGAGCCCAGUGAUAACGCAGGAGUGAUUACCCUGGCACUUUGCCCAGGUGGAAUUAGAACAGAAAACGGCACUCACGGUUGUUUUCUGCUAUUUAAAUCAGAAGUGAUUGGAAGCUCCAACUUGUUAAAAAACGCAAAAGAAUGGACUCAUUUCACCAUCAAUUUUGAGUAUAGCCCCUUGCUACAUCACAUAACACUGUCAGACGCAACAAAAAGUGGAAAAAAAUUGCUCGACUUCAGGAAGUCUCAAGCUUAUCACAGAAAGCCAAGUGGUAUUUCAGUGAGAACAGUGAAUUCCUACGGCUCAUGGAGGCUCCACAAUCAUAGGGUUGUGAUUCACAAUGGCAAAGAGGACGGAGAAGGAUUUAACGUGAUGGUCCUCAACAAGCCAUCAAUGUCAUGUUUACAAAUCCAUUACUUUUUUCGCAAGGGGUACGGAAAAGCCUAUGUAAAGACAAAGGACGGAAGUUUUUCAAUGGAACUGGAGCCCACUGACGGAAAAUGGAAGUAUACUGUAAUAAAGGCGAUGAUGAAGGCGCCCUCAGAUUACUUGCACUUUGUAGUUCCCUUCGGUGACCACUUGACCCACGUCUCUCCCGUCUUUGCUUUGCAUCAACCCUUCCGAGUAUGCGGAGAAGAUGAAUUUUUUACUUCCAAGGUAUUUUUACCUAAUGGAACUAACCCCACCAACACAAUUUGCCAAAUUGUGGGCGAGGAAAAAUUUGCUGUAGUUCGCAGUUCCGUAUACACUGGACCUAGUGAAAUAGAAUGUCCACCAAAUGUUUUUGGAAAGUACUGCAACAUCACCUGCGGUAAUGUGAUGGGCGACGCAACGUGCAGAGCAAAAGUCUUGUGUGACACGGACCGCUGUUCAUGCCUGCCUGGAUACGAACCGACUUCAAAUUGGGACACGGCCUGUCUUGAAGCUAAACCAAAUGCACCAAUUAAUGUAACUGCCACUCCGCUGGAGGUCGAGGAAGUUGAAGAGGAGGACUCGUCAGAGAACAAGGAGACCUCGGAUGCUUAUAUGGAAUGGGAUUAUAAUGCGCAGGAGAUUCCUGAGAAAACGAAUAACUCUGUUGUUUGGUGGAUUGUUGCACUGUUGUGCUCUUGGGUUGUUGCGGUCUUUUCUUUGUACCUCGUUUUCAAAGAGAGACCCGAUUUAGUGCCAAUUUGCAUUUACAACCCCAUAAUGCGAUGCACAGGUCAGAAUAGGGGCGGCGAUCAACUGAUCGAAGAUGAUAACGCAUGAUAAUUUUCUGGCUUUAUUACUUUAAUCCCAAUAAAUAUUUUUCUAUCAUUAAAACAUAGAAAGAGUUACUUUUGAAAAUUUAAUAUGAACAUUCUGAAGGCGUUUGUAAUCAAUUCUUCUGUGUAUUUUUUAGUAAUAAAAAUGAAUUGAAAUAUACAGGUGGGCUAAA